CUUCCACCCUUGCUCCCCGCCAGUUCCAGUACCGCCUCGCGGCGGCCGCUGCAAAAAGGAGAUGGCUGACCGCGGCGGCGGCGGCCCUGCCGAGGCUCACAGCCCGCAGGGCUCCCCGGAGCAGGCGCCGCGGGUCCCGCGCGGGGUGGGACCGGGCGGCGGCGGCGGCGGGGAAACUCCGCGGACGGCGGCGCUGGCGCUGCGCUUCGACAAGCCCAUCAAGCAGGCCUUCUACAACACGGGAGCCGUGCUGUUCGUGUGCCUGUGCUGCGGCGCGGCCGUGCUGGUCUACUUCAUCCUCGAGGCCUUCCUGCGGCCGCUGCUGUGGGCCGUGCUGUGCGGCACCUUCCUGCACCCCUUCAAGAGCUCGCUGACGCGCCUGGGCCGCCACUGGCUGCAGCGGCUGCACCGCGCGCACACGCCCAUCGUGCUGGCCGCGCUGCUGCUGCCGCUCUGCUUCGCCGACUACGGGGUCGAGGCCCUGGGCGAGCAGGCGCUGCGCCGCCGCCGCCUGCUGCUGCUGCUGGGCGCCGGCGGCCCGCUGCUGUAUGGCCUCUACUGCCUCGGUAGCUACCUGGGCGUGCAGGUGCUGCUGGCGCACGCGGGCGCGCUCAUCUGCCGCGGGCUGGACUACUUCAGCAGCCUGUGGAUCUGGACGUUAGUAGUUGGCUAUGUGUUGACUGUUUCAUUCAAGUGGAAUGCAAGCACUGAACGCUACUUGAGAGCAGUUUCAAUUCCUGUCUGGAUUCUAUUGCUUUUUCAUUUAGCAUCCCUGGCUGGCUCAUGGAGAAUUCCAGUUUUCCUGAUGAUUGUUUUCCUCAUGUCUGUGGGCACCCUCUAUGAAAAGCAGAAUGGAAAAGAGGCUUCUGGGGCAGAGUUACCAGGGCAAGUCAUCUCCAUGGCGGCUUCUACUCUAGCAAACUUGGCCAUCUCUAUCACAGGAUAUGAGUCAAGCAGUGAAGACCAGCCCUCCACUCAGCCUGCAGAAACCAUGGACAGUGGAGAGCCUCCUCCAACGUUGUCCUCCGCUUCCUCUCCUUCCCCAACCCUGGGCAGACCAAGGCCUGAAAUGGGAACGUUCCUUAGAAAGAAGAAAACGAGUGACAUCUACUUUGUGUGUCUCGUGUGGGCCAUCAUUGUUGUCCAGAUCUGGCUGAACCUGUGGAUUGUGCAGUUGCUACCAGUGCCUGUUGCAGUCUGGGUACUCAAGAAGCUUGUCAUUCACUUUGGAGUUGUGGACUUUCUGGAAAAACGCUGCCACGUGUGGUGGAGGGUUGUCGAGUGCUUCUUGAAGGAGCGACAGGAAGCCCUGGCACCAUGGCCAAUUAUUGGACUUGGAAAAUUCCUGCUAAAAGUUGAUAGCAAGCUCUGGCACUGGCUAAAUAAGAAGAUGAUCAUCUGGUUGGAGAAGAUGUUAGAUAAAAUUAUUAGCAUUUUCAUCAUAUUUCUGUUAGUGAUAGGAACCCUUCUUCUAGCCCUACUCCUGACUGCAAAGGUACAUCAAGAGAGCGUGCACAUGAUUGAAGUCACAAGUAAUUUGAUUAAUGAAACCCUAGCAAAUCACCCUGAAUGGGCAAAUUGGCUUCCCGAGGCACAGGUGGUCCAAAGGGCCCUGAAUUCCGCAGCUAACAACGUGUAUCAGUAUGGACGAGAAUGGAUAACCCACAAGCUUCAUAAAAUUCUAGGAGAUAAGAUGAACAACACUGCUGUAAUUGAAAAGCAAGUACUGGAACUUUGGGACAGACUGUAUCACUCUUGGUUUGUAAAGAACAUCACACAUUCUGGGAGGCACAAAGGGCACAAGCUGCAUGUGAGUCGUCAGAACAGCUGGCUGGGGGACAUUCUGGACUGGCAGGAUAUUGCUUCCUUUGUUCACGAGAACAUCGAGACGUUUCUUUCGAUGUUAUCUUUUGACUUCCUACUAUGGAAGAUGAAGAUCCUGGAGUCUCUGUGGAUUGUUAUGAGCCGGAACGUGAGCCUGCUUUUCACCACGGUCACCACACUCCUGACCAUCCUCUUCUACAGCGGGACUGCCCUGCUCAAUUUCGUGCUCUCCCUGGUCAUUUUCCUGACCACACUGUUUUAUCUGUUAAGUUCCAGUGAUGAGUACUACAAGCCAGUGAAGUGGGUGAUAAGCCUGACGCCGCUCUCUCAGCCAGGCCCCUCGUCUAAUAUUAUUGGCCAGUCUGUGGAGGAAGCUAUCAGAGGGGUGUUUGAUGCCUCCCUCAAAAUGGCUGGCUUCUAUGGAUUGUACACCUGGCUGACUCAUACUAUAUUUGGCAUCAAUAUUGUCUUCAUACCAUCAGCAUUAGCAGCAAUCCUUGGAGCAGUGCCCUUCCUGGGGACAUACUGGGCAGCAGUACCUGCAGUUCUUGACCUGUGGCUGACACAGGGUUUAGGAUGCAAGGCCAUUUUACUGUUGGUUUUUCAUCUCUUGCCAACCUACUUUGUAGACACUGCAAUCUAUUCUGAUAUCUCAGGAGGUGGCCACCCAUACCUGACGGGCUUGGCAGUGGCUGGUGGAGCCUACUAUCUGGGCUUGGAGGGAGCAAUCAUUGGGCCCAUCCUUCUCUGCAUCCUUGUGGUUGCCUCCAAUAUCUAUAGUGCCAUGCUGGUGAGUCCCACGAACUCCAUGCCCACGCCAAGCCAGACCCCGUGGCCUGCUCAGACCCAGCGGACUUUCCGUGAUAUUUCUGAAGAUCUGAAAUCUUCAACAGACUGACAUGGUUUGCCCUGCAGUGAUUCUCUAGAAGUUCCACCCUGACAGUGAGUUCUGCUCAGCCCUGGCCUUCUGUCAGCUGUGCCUCGCAAGCAAGGGCGCUGGAAGCAGCAGAAGCCUCCGGCCUUGCGCACACAAUGCCUGGACAAGAGAGAACUUGCUGUGGGCUGCUCUGCAUUUUAAAGCACGGCUUGAGAGUUCAGAAAUGUGGUUUGCUCUCCUAACUGUUGCUAAAUGGCUUGAAAAGUUUCAGUUUAUACACUGGGACUAUGGCUUGAGGUUUUCCCACUUUGGUUAUCUGUAUGAUUGUAAUAGGUAUUUAUGAAGUUAUUUUAAGAACUCUGAACUACCUGCUGUUAAAAAUAAUAUAUACAAUGGAGUUUUCUCUUGCUUUAAGAGAUCUAUUCUUAAACUUUUCUAUAACAGCCACUUUUCAGUGAAGAGGACUUUCACUUUUCAGUUCCUCCCUUCUUGCACAAUGUAUCAUCCCUUCUUUAAGAAAGAACAAUUCUUCAUUGUAGGGUGAGGUAGCUUACUGAUGUUCCAGGUAUAUGUUGUACCCACAGGAGACACAGAAAGACUGAGAAACUCUUCCUCCUUUCUCCUCCCUCCUUUCCCCACUACACUAUUGCCAAAAUUUCAAAACUUGGAUGACCACAUUGAAGUAAAAUUCUUAUUAAGCUGCUAUGAAUGCUAAUAAUGUGAUAGAAUUCAUGCUGUCUUUAAGUGUUUUCUUUCCAAAUGUUAAAAACUCUCAGGUGUAGCAGUACUUUGAUUUGUUAAUCGUAUCUCAUUAUCAUUAUUUGGAACUCUGCCAAAUAGUUACCUAUUAGCAGUAGAAUUUUAUAUUUAUGCAGUAUUUUUCCAUCACUUAGCAUAGUGUCUUGCACAUACAACUCUUAUCGAAUUGAAUUGUAGCUUUGAAAAUGUCUCAGAUAUAACAAUAACCAGCACAGUGCUUUACAUUUUAUAAAGUCCUUUUGGACAUAUUAUUUCACAACCACUUCACAUCAGCUUUCAUGUGGCUUUAAAUUAUUUUGCAACAGUUUCACACUAAGGGGUAAGCUAAGCUUCAGAAAGUGACCAAAGCAAAUUCAUGAAGUUCAAUAAGAUUUAGAUUUUUCUGACUCCACAGCCUGCAAACUUUGUUCUCCUAUGUCUUAUGCAGUUUUCCCAAUGGCAUGAGAUAGAAUUGGUUAUGAAUGAGCACUUGUCCUGCAGUAAAUGACAGAGCUGGGAUUAGAAUCCAGCUCGGCUCUUAGUUCUGUGCCCUUUGCCCUGUUGGAAACAAUCAUCAGGCCCUUCUGUUAUUAAGGGAUUUUGGAGGAGCAGGGGUUCCUAAGUAUUGAAGUUUUUUUUUUUUUUUUUUGGUAAACAUUUACAAAUACAACUAAUUGUUUUCUUAAAUACCUUCUGACUAGGAAGUUAAUAGUAAUUAGCUUAAUAAUUAGGUUACAUGUGUUCCUAUACUAAAGAAAAAACUCCAUUUUGCAAAGAUCGUCAUGGGGAUAUUUUGACUGUUAUGCAAUAGAGCACAUGCAGAUCUCUUAUUUUUACUAUGAAUCUUUCAGCAUGUGUAAUCUGUUCCUCCAGGUAGUAGAUUUGGCACCCAAGUGACCCAUUCCCCUCUUAGAUCAGUUCCUCAGCCACUGAUUCAUUCACUGAAAUACUUCUUGGGAGUUUGUAAACUCCAGAGACAGUGCAGGGUGCUUAGAAGAGAACUCAGAAGGCCUCUCUCACCUUAAGUCUUAGCCGGAUCAUGUGUAAUUCUGUAUUAAAAAUACUUGCAUUACAGGGGUAAAAAAAAAUCAAGGUCAUGUUUGUUAAUUAUAUACUGCUACCUUUAUAGCUGUAAUUAGCACAUGUUUAUAAGAGUUAAGUAUUAUGCUCACAAUGAAUUAGUGGGCACAUACAAAUUAUGUUCCUCCAAACUGUGCUUAGCUGUGUAAACUGAGACUGCAAGAAUCUCAGCUUGAGCUAAUGUGUGGCUGUUGCUGGGAUAAUUAUUAGUAAGAGUACUAGGUUUUUAGAGGGGAACUCUGAGCUCUGAGAGAAUAGAGUAGAGCUGCCAAAAUUACCAGCAGUAAUGUGACAUCACCCUGAACUCUCAGGAGCAGAGCUGCCCCAGGGUGCUACCUAGUCCUCUUCAGGAAGCAUGAACUCUCCCUUGCGACAGCAACAGCAUGAGGACUAGGAAGGCCCACCAGCUCUAGGGAUCUUCCUGGGACCCUCAGAACCAGAGAGAAGCAACCCAGGACACCCCUUCAAAUUUGGUGAGGAGAUUUUUACAGAAUUUCCAUAGGGCAGACAGACCAGCUGGUAUGAAAAGCUGAGAGUCUUAAGCUCGAGAUAACCUCUCUUGAGUCUCAGAACUCAACUCUGAAAGAGUCGCUAAGAACAGACAAAAGCACUGAUUAGCUGCAGUAGAAAAUGAGUACAGAUAGCUUUUCCCAAUAUCUUGCACUUUGUGGAUUUCCUUUAGAUUAGUUUCAAGUUCACAUUUACCGUUUGGUUGUAAACUGAGAGGGUCGGGGGUAGGAGACGCAAGGUCUCCACUAGACAUGCAUGGGAUUUUUCAACAUAAACUCCAUGUCAUGUGAGUCUUGUAUGAGUUCCAGAAUUCCUGUCACACACUGUGUUCCUGGAAGUGAUCUCUGGGGCUGCCUCAGAUGCCAGCCUUAUUGUGAAAGCCGGGAGGCUUGCUAAUGCCCUCUCCCCUGAGAGGCGGUGAGCUGGUGGAGUUUUUCCUUGACUUCUGAGACCUGUGUGGGUUGACCUUUGGCAGGGGGAGGAUACCUGAGACAUGCUACAUGGAGAUCUUGUAUUUAAGCAACUGUGCAGCCUUUGCAAAUAGCAGCUGCUUAUUCCAGCUGAAGGCCUGUUAAACAGCUUGUCCAUGAGGUCUUCUGGCUAGCCCAUUGUGACCUCCAGGACUUCCAAGUACCUCUAGUUGUUUUAGUGCUUCAGGAAUUUGUCAAGAAAUACUCAGAAAUCCAGGCCUCGGGUAUUAGAUUAGAGCAGAGUAGCUUAGGUGUGUUAUCCAGAGUUUAUAGGGAAAAACCCCUUAGGAUUGUCCAUAUCCUGGACUUGACCUUGCAGGCUCUUCUGGAGGGUCUCCCAAAAACCCUUGCAAGAGUAUUAACGCAAUAGGACUCUGAGGGCACAUUCCACAGUGGAAGUAACCUCUGGCAGCAUACUCCCAAAUGCGAGUUUCAGCAAAGAACAAAUACCUAUUUUAUCAGUUUCUCAUCUUUACACAUUGUACUAUCAACAUAGAUUUCAUUUUUUAAACUUAUUAAUGAGAACCUGUAGAAGAUAGAGUGUCUGAAGCCACUGAGCAGUUAUUUUUUGAUAGUUUAGAAACAACAGACUUCUAAAUCAAGAUGUUCCUUCUGUCUACUGGGGUCACAAAACUUCUGUACCAGACUGGGCUGCUUUAUAAUUAAGAGAGCCUAUCAUUUUCUAGAGAAGGAAACAAAUUCGUAGGUUCCAGUGGCUUGUCUGACACACAGCCAGUUAGUAACAGAAUUCAGAGUAGAGUGCAGGUCUUUCCUCUCUUGGCUGGCUGUUCCACUUCUCUUUACUUUUCCUCACAAUUGAGCAGCUUUUGGCAAAAUGUGUUUCUUAUAGCAGUAGUUCUAAGAAAUGUUCAUAGAUGUAAGAGGAAAUAAUGUGUGUGGGGGCGGGCAGGGAUUCCAUGAUAAAAUUGCAGAAUGCUGGGUUUGUUUCUGUAGCACUUCUAGGAGUUUCUGACUUGCUGUUAUACCUGGAGAAUUUUUAAGAGGGGACAAAGACUUUGUUGAUUUAGAUGGGUGCCCCUCCUCCUCCUUUUCUCAGAGCAUCUCAAAAUGCUACAGGUCCUCUGGGAAACCUGGCUGUUCAUCAGGUUUACAGCUCUCUUAGAAGACAUCCCUAAUGGAACUUCUCAAAGGUGUGAAUUUACUACUGAGCUACGUGUAAUCUGUAGUCAGUCUCAGAGUUUCGUAAGAUACCAGAAAGUAUGUUUCCUGUUCAGAACUAUACUUUAAGAAGUAUAGAGAUUGUUUUCCACCUAUGGUAUGUAAAAUCAGUAUUUGUGUUUAGUUUUGCAAGUUUCUCAAGGAAACUUAGUGUGCAGAUACAGUGGUGAUAUAUUGACACCACAUUUUAGUAAUGCUUUUGUACGGCACUUUAUACUUCUCAGACUUUUUCUGGUGACAACCCUGUGUGAUAGGCAGUAUUAUUCUCAUCGUACAGAUGAGGCACUGGAGGCUCUGAAAGUGUAUUUUUGUGAUUUUUUUUUCUCCCAAACUUAUACAACAAAAUGAUGGGGCCAGAAUUUGCAGAACUUCUGACUCCAGGUCCAAAGUUCUUUGCUCCUCACUUGGCUUCUUAUUAUCUAACUUUGUGUUUUUCAAAGGCAUGGAGGCAGAUCUUAGAGGAAAAUCAUUUUGGCUUAUUACCAAACAUCAUUUUUUUCAGUAGUGCAGUGACCCAGAAAGUGUAACUCUUGUUGUAGCUGUCCCAAAGAAAACUCUUCUUUGUCCUUUGUAAUGGCACUUGAUUAAGUGAUUGGCAUGUAUUUCAAAUACCAUUUGAUUUUAAAACCAAAAUUGGAUAUGCCCUUGUAAUUUCUUAUGUACCUCUUUGAAAAUCUAUCGUCUCUAUAUACUCAGGCAAAAAAGACAUGGUUUAAAAAUGAAAAAGAAUAUUCCAAUACAACCAUAAAUAUUCCUACACAGAAUACUGUUUCUUAGCUUUAACUUGCUUUGACAACCUACUAAUGUAACUUCUUUGUAAAUGUAAAGUAUUUAUAUUUUGAAAUAAAAUUACUGGUGUCGAAUGAA